AUGAGAAGCAAAACGCCUGGAGAAGGCACCACGACGGUUGGUUGUGGCUCCUGCAGCUGGUGCACACGCAUAAAUAAACCCUCAACCUUCACAGGCACUCAGGAAGAUAUAAUUUUUGAUAUGUACCAUAUAGUGAAUUGCCAAUCAACGUGGGUGAUUUACGUUAUCGAAUGUAACAUUUACAGCUUGCAACAUGUCGGAAAGAGUGAGACAGGCUUCAACAUACAGCUGAACAACCACAGGAACCACAUUAAAAAGGCUUUUUGUAGCUGUGAAAUUCUCCUUAACCCA